AUGCUGCUGUUCCCCUCUGCCCUGCUGUUCCCCUCUGCCCUGUUGUUCCCCCUCUGCCCUGCUCUUCCCCUCUGCCCUGCUGUUCCCCUCUGCCCUGCUGUUCCCCUCUGCCCUGCUGUUCCCCUCUGCCCUGCUGUUCCCUCUGCCCUACAGUUCCCCUCUGCCCUGCUAUUCCCCUCUGCCCUGCUGUUCCCUCUGCCUUGCUGUUCCCCUUUGCCCUGCUGUUCCCCUCUGCCCUGCUGUUCCCUCUACCCUGCUGUUCCCCUCUGCCCUGCUGUUCCCUCUGCCCUGCUGUUCCUCUCUGCCCUGCUGUUCCCCUCUGCCCUGCUGUUCCCUCUGCCCUGCUGUUCCCCUCUGCCCUGCUGUUCCCCUCUGCCGUGCUGUUCCCUCUGCCCUGCUGUUCCCCUCUGCCCUGCUGUUCCCCUUUGCCCUGCUGUUCCCUCUGCACUGCUGUUCCCUCUGCCCUUCUGUUCCCUCUGCCCUGCUGUUCCCCUCUGCCCUGCUAUUCCCCUCUGCCCUGCUGUUCCCUCUGCACUGCUGUUCCCUCUGCCCUUCUGUUCCCUCUGCCCUGCUGUUCCCCUCUGCCCUGCUGUUUCCUCUGCCCUGCUGUUCCCCUCUACCCUGCUGUUCCCUCUGCCCUGCUGUUCCCUCUGCCCUGCUGUUCCCCUCUGCCCUGCUGUUCCCCUCUGCCCUGCUGUUCCCUUUGCCCUGCUGUUCCCUCUGCCCUGCUGUUCCCUCUGCCCUGCUGUUCCCUCUGCCCUGCUGUUCCCUCUGCUGAUUUUCGCCUCCUACCAGGUGAGCACGGUCAAUGUAACGAGGUGGUUUCUGGACGACCUGAAGCUGAAGGAGGAGGACUCAGACUUACUUUUCCCUCUCUCCCCUCUUCUCACCCCCUCUCCCCCCAUCCCCCCCUCCCGCCCUCUCCUACUCCCCUCUCCCUCCCAGAACAUGGUGAAUGUGACGAGGUGGUUUCUGGAGGACCUGUUGUCAAACUAUAUGCCUAUGUCAUAA